AUGCAAAGCUUACUAAAGAUGUUCAACCUCUCCAACGCUCCCACAGUUCCACUCGACGAGGAAGAACUCAGCGGGGAAGCGGAUGAGCCUCCAGACGAUCAAAUAUGCCCUUUGAAUACACAGUUUUCUCGAGACGGGUCGUAUAGCAGAUCGAUGGCUCGUACAAACUCCCAUCGCGAGUCAUUACUGACUCGUGCCAUCAUGGCCGAGUCGAAGACGGAAGAACCCCCAACACUGUCGACCACUGCAUCCCGUGGCCUCUCUACGACCUCAUCACGCAGUACCGGUAGCAUGGCAUCGACCGCGGAGUUGACCAGCGAUGGCGACGCUACAAGUCCCUCCCGUUCGGCAACACCAAGUCCACCCCCUCCUCCUGGCCACUACACGCGUUUCUUCGAUUCGAAUAAAGAGGUUACGCCGACUUCAAAGGUGGUGAUUGCUCCAAUGACAAAAGAUGACAAGCCAGCCGUGGCGGACGUCGGCGAGGCUGCAAUUGAGAAGACGCUUGGACGUAAACGUUGCAUCAUGUUCGCCUGUGGAGGCACUGAUACCGAAAAGAGCAGAGACAACAUCUCGCCGGUAGAGCCACCAGUCGAGUGGGAAGUGCCAAAGAGGAAAUGCAUGUUGACGUUUGCCUGCCCCACGAAGACCAACUCCAACGAACAUAAGCCUCUACCGUCCAAACUUCGCGUCGAGCAGAAGGCCUCGCGCCGUCCGUCUCCAGCACCAGCCGCGAUACGCAAGUCCGCCUCGGGGUCUGCGGAUCUCUCUGGCCGAUCGGUCGAAACAGCCAAACCAUCCUCUCCUUAUCGACUUCGGCCGAAUCCACCAGUACAAAAAGUGUCGUUCCAUGAGUUUGGCAGUUCCCAUGACGAGACGGAUGCCUGGGUUGAUAAACCGAGUACUCACAAGACCAGACUCACACUAGACGAUUGCAUGCAAAAGGAGUUGCGCAUUCGGGAUAUUGGCAGGGAGGCAGAGGAAGAGGCAGAGGAGGAAGAACGCGAGCAGGAAGAGCUUGAAGCCGAGCUUGAGGACAAUGACAACGAAGACGACUUUGCACCCUCGGACAAUGACUCGGCAUCCGAUGGGGGCAACGAGUCUGAUGACGAAGGGGGUUUUGCAAGUUCGGAUGAUGAAAGUGAUGCGGGCUCUGAAUAUCAAUUCUGGGCGCCGUCGGCCAACAUUGCACGAGGAAGCAUGGAACAUAUGCAUCUCCGUCACUUCAGCUCUCGUCAGCAAUCACCCGCGAGUUCGAUCGAGUCCAUGACCCACUCAACAAGCCCUCCUCUUCACUUUCGCAGCUGGCAGGUGCGUCGAAGUCGGAGGCAGCCCCUCAAGGUGCCGAGGUUGCGACCCGGUACUCCGGAGCUGCCAGAUAGCACGGAUUUCGUCUGCGGCACUCUUGAUGAGGAUCGACCAUUGGAGGCGGCAUACAUAUCGUGCCGUGAACAGAAGAAACGCGCGAAACAUAUUCCGAUUCCGCAGGAUAUUGACCCGAGCUUUCCUACCACGGACCCUGAUGAGGAGCAGGAUGAGUGUGACGACCAAGACUUCGACGGGAUGCAAGAUAGCUCCAGUGACGCUCCCUGGCUCAAGGACCAAUUCACCGUCUUUGAUAAUGAGGCCCGUGGACGCCGCAAGUCGCCAGUCCUGUCGCCUCAGCAUCAUUCCCCUCCGAGUCACGUCACAAUCGUUGCAAGACCAGAGCAUCGUCGCGCAAUCCAUCGUUCGCCGCCGCCACCAAAGCAUAUCAUUGCACGAUCUCCUCCGCCACCUCGGAAGCUUUUUGGUCAAUCUCCUACGAGGUUCCGGUCACCACCUCCACCUGCCCGCCUCCGGUCUCCUCGAGGAUCGCCCACACAUGUGAACAUUCCAUCGCGGAUGGGUACCAGAGGUCUUGGUCAGCGGCCAACAAUGGAACGCACUGCAUCUCUUCCAGAUACUCCGAACCCCUUCUUCCGGAACUUCAACAUCGGAAGUCCUUCCAUUUCCAACAUUGCCUCUGGGGCUGUGACUCCCAUGGUUGAGGGCCCUCCUCGUUUAGACAUGCAUGUACGUGGACCUGUCGACAUCGUCAUGGGGCUGGAGAAGAAACGCCAGAAACGGAAAGAGAAAUUCCUGCGCCAGCAUUGCCGCAAGGUCAGAGAACAAACAGAACGAAGACCCACCCGCGGCCGGGGCGCCGAACGGAUGAAGGAACUCGGUCUGGAGUGUGCCGAACGAUUGAAGGGUUACGGCAUCGGCCAGCAGACUCAGCUGGUGCUUUCGCUCUAG